GGGCCGGUUCUCGCCACUAUCUGUAGAUCCGCGGCCGCGAACGGACCUCUGUCGUGUCUCGAAAAUUCGUUCCACAUCCGUGUCGUCACAUCAUCCCCCACAUACACACCUUGUGAUUUGGGAAAAUCGUGAAAACCGUGAAAAUUUAAGCCUACUGCCGUCGUUGCGGGUUGUCAUACACUGUGUGAAGUCGCUGGUCCUGCCGGGAGGUUCGCCCCCCACAGUCAAGGGUUGCUGAUCCGAAACGAAAGUCUUGACAAGUGCUGCUCCGAAAAAAAAAGUGGUUCCAAGUUCUUUUUUGGGGGAGUUUGGGAACAUUCGCGUUGCUGGAAGCGGGACCAGGUGAUCGAUUCCAGACGUCCAGGUGCAAAUCCCCGGUCGAGACCCCUUGACGAAGGAAGAAAAGUGUUUACGUAAUUUCGACUGAAAUUUUCGUUGUGUAAUGCUUCUGCGGAGGAAGCAGUGUUGAAGAAUCGUUCUCAGUGCGCGCUCGCAAGUGUGUGCAGGAGACGGUCCACAGAGAAGGGCCGCAAGUUUUUCUGUGUGCAAAUAAUUGUUCCCCAACACACUCUCGCAGGAAUCUACCACGACAAACGUGUGCGCGUCAACGACACAGAAGACGACUCGUUUUCAAAGGGGGACUUUCUGGUGGCGUUAGUAUUGGUGUGAGGCCCUUUUCGAAAAAAAACCGUGUCGUGUGUGUCCUUUUCCGUCUCGGUCCGUGUCUUCAACCCCGCCGUUCCCCCGUCGUCGUCGACGUUCCGUUCCGGUUGUGUAAUGGCGUUUCUGCGCUCGGUUGCCCGGUGCAAUAGUUUGGUCUCGCGUAAAGUGUCCCCCACCCCGUCCCAUGCAUCCCGCGUCCAGCUCGGUGAUGUCCUCGAAGCGUGCAGUCGGCAGCAACCGCAACUUGCAUCCCUAAGCCAACUCCUGGCCGGUGGACGACUCCACCAGCGUCGAUUUCGGUCGGUCGCCACCGCAGCGGCCACCUCCGGCAGUAGCCAUGCCGCGGCGUCCCGGCAGCAAAAUGACCCCAACACGCCCCAGCGAGACCCGCUGGACGUGGGCUUCAACGAUCCGAACGCGGCGUUCAAGAGCAAAACCACCUUCGAGCUGAUCCGGGCGUACUUUGUGUACGUCCUGUGCUCGUCCGAGUUCCUCGUCGAGAACAACAUGAAGAUCAUGAAGCUGACCAAAGCCAUUAUGGGGGACAAGCUCUUCGUCCAGCUGAUGAAGUCGACGUUCUACGGACACUUUGUCGCCGGGGAGGACCGAUUCCUGAUCGUGCCGACGCUUGAGAGACUGCGAUCGUUCGGCGUCAAGCCCAUUCUUGACUACUCGGUCGAGGAGGACCUCUCCCAGGAGGAAGCGGAGAAGCGUGAAGUGGAGGCUUCUGUAUCGUCCUCGGGGGCGAGCCUGUCCGGGGAGCCCGCCUCGGCCCAGUUCAGCGUGGACAAAACGUUCGCCGAUCGGCGCUACAAAGUACAAAGUGCACGUACCUACUUCUACCUGAACGAGGCCACCUGCGAGCGGAACAUGGAGACGUUCCUUGAGUGUCUGGACGCCGUCAAAGGUGCCACCUUCGGUACGGGUAUUACUGCCAUCAAACUGACCGCCCUCGGACGACCCCAGCUGCUGCUCCAGCUGUCCGACGUCAUCAUGCAGGCCCGCGACUACAUGAAGCAGCUGGCCGGCACGCACGGCAACGUGCUCACGCAUCACAAGACGCUGUCCGACCUGGAGCGCUACCUGAGCAACUUCUCCGACAAGAAGGAGGUGCAGGCCUUCCUGGACAAGAUUCAGCACGACAAAGACGGUAUUUUACACUUGUUCCCCUGGUCGGGAAUCAUCAACGAAGACUGCGAACUGAGCGACACGUUCCGGGUGCCGGAUCCGUCCACCGGCCAGAUGCGCCGACUGAUCUCACAGAUUCCACCCAAAGAAGAGGAGAUGUUCCGCAACAUGAUCAGACGGUUGAACACGAUCGUGAAGGCUGCCCAAGACUUGGACGUCCGUAUAAUGAUUGACGCCGAGCAGACCUACUUCCAGCCGGCCAUCUCGCGAAUCACGCUGGAAAUGAUGCGAAAGUACAACACCGAGAAGGCGAUCGUGUUCAACACGUACCAGUGCUAUCUGAAGAACACGUACAAGGAGGUCUGUACCGAUCUGGAGCAAGCCAAGCGGCAGCACUUCUACUUUGGGGCCAAGCUGGUGCGAGGUGCGUACAUCGAGCAGGAACGGGCCCGUGCCGCGGCACUUGGCUACGAAGACCCGACCAAUCCGUCGUUUGAGGCCACCACGGAGAUGUACCACAAGACGCUGACCGAGUGUUUGAGGAGAAUCAGAAUUCUGAAGGACGCCGGUGAGGAUCCGAAGAAGAUCGCCAUCAUGGUGGCGUCGCACAACGAGGACACCGUUCGCUUUGCCAUCGAGAAGAUGAACGAGAUCGGCAUCCACCCGGAGGACAAGGUGAUCUGCUUCGGCCAGCUGCUGGGCAUGUGCGACUACAUCACGUUCCCGCUUGGCCAAGCCGGCUACUCCGCGUACAAGUACAUCCCGUACGGUCCCGUCAACGAGGUGCUGCCCUACCUGUCGCGGCGAGCCCAGGAAAACAAGGGCGUCCUGCAGAAGAUCAAGAAGGAGAAGCGCCUGCUGCUGUCCGAGAUCACCAAGCGGCUAGCCAAGGGUCAGCUGUUUUACAAGCCCAACGGCAAGUACACCCCGAUCUAAGUCAGCUAGCAACUACUACAACUACUCAAAAGUUACGGUCCCACACUCACAACAUUACGCAGCCCCGGAAACAAAAAAAAGUGUGUGUCCAGUUUCUGUUUUGUGAACGUACUACCUGUACUAGUUGUGUAUUCCCAGCAUCCUCGAAUCAAGAAUCCCAGUUUAGUCGAUUUAGUGUGUCGAUAUUUGCCACAGAAAAAGGUAGGUUCAGAAUGCUCACCCUCCUAAACCUCCUGCUUUUAACUGAAAAAUCGUAAUUUGUGAUUGUAAUUUUAGUUCCGAACCGCGUAUUAUUCGAUUAAGCGCUAAAAUAUUUUGAAAAUAAAACCAGUGACCUUUCUAGGUCACCUGAAAAAAAAGUUGUAUUAAAAGUCCUUUUUAUUUCGUCAGCUAAGUUAUCAAAUUAUUCUCUUAAAUUAAAAAAAAAAACCAACAGAUCUGAUGUAAACUUUGUGUAACUAUUCGUCGCCCCCCAAUUUCCCAAUCCCCCCCUUUCUUCAUUAGUGUCAGAAACGCAAACCAAAAAAUAGUACACUUUAAACGUAAACGAACCCAGUUUUAACAAAAAAUAACAACUAAAGAAACUGCCUCAGGUCGAAGAAAAAAAAAGUGUGUGUGAGUAGUUGAAACACCAACAACAACAACAACGUCCAGCACGACCCUCGACAACGCGCGCGGUAAAAAUAACAAGAUCUGAAUGUCUGUGUUUUUUCUGAAUGUUGUUUCACACACCACUCGAAACCAAACUUUGCAUCAACCCAUAGAAAAAAAUAUCAAAAAAUGUAUUUUAUUUGUAUUGCAACUUCCCGUGUAAAAAUACAUAGAAAACAAAAUAAACUUAAACUUAUGUCGAAGAACGCACUUGAAAAAUGAAUAAAAAUAACAUACAUUAAAAUACACACACACACACUCACUAAUUACAAUUCAAAUGUUGACAAUAACGAAAGUGAAACUAAUGGUGUAACUUAAUGAAAAAAAGAUAACAAAAAAAGUGAAAGAAACCAGUUGAAAGACGUGACGAAAUCAAUUAAAAAAACAAGAAACUCAUAUACAUGAACUGUGUCCUGCGUGUAUUAUUAAAAACCCUAUUAUUAUCGCGAAUUACUCAGAAUAGGCGAAGCAAAAGAAGAAGAAGAAGAAAAAAAGUGUUAACUGUUAAGUAAAGUUGAAGAAAACAAACAAAACACACACACGCAAACACACUCUCACAAAAACAUUAAAAGCUAGUGAUGCUGGAAAACUGAAACACACAUGCUGGAAAAUUUGAAACGAAAAAAAAAAUGAAUAUUUAAUGCUAUACAUCUAUAAUAUUUAAAAAAAACACUAAACGUAGUCAAAACAAACAAAAAAA